AUGGACGACAAGUGUUUAGGUCGCUCUGGAAAGCUGAAGUGUUGCACUGAAGUAUUCCCCCACGUGUGCAGGAAUCCGGAUCCAGGCGCUCCCGCGGCACGCGCCUGCGGGGACCCGCACAUGACGGGCUUCCUUGGCCAAAAAUUCGAUUUCACGGGAGAGGACGGCGGCUACUACGCGGUCAUCAGUGACUUCCCGAACUUGCACAUGAACAUGGUGAGCGACUCCGCUACCGGGAUCCUCGGUGAGACUCCACCCCGACCAAGGACGCCUAUGGCCAGGACAUAA